GCAGUCGAAAAACCUCAUGGCACUUUGUGUGUUUUGUGCGUAACUGAAAACGUGUGACGAGCGGUACGAAAUUUUUUUUGUGACAGUUUUGAACAUCAACAACAUGUUGGAGUUUUAUCCUAAUUUGAAUUUAAAUCCGGCCAUGUUGCCCGAGAGAAACGGCUUAAGCGGUGCGGAUUGUAACGGACGUUCAGAUAAUGGAUUGAUAAAAUGUGAAAAAGCUUGGUGUGAUAAUAAUAAUCUACACAACCCCCUAGAUAGCAAUUUAAUAAAAUGUGAAAAAACGUAUGAAAUGUGCGAAGGGUGCGGUCACAAAAUUCACGAUAGAUACCUAAUGAGAGUAGCUGAUUGCAGUUGGCACGAACACUGUUUGUGUUGUUCGAUAUGUGGAAUACUUUUGUCACACUCGUGUUAUACUAGGAAUACGAAACUAUAUUGCAAGUCUGAUUAUGAUAGGAUAUUUGGGGUGAAGUGUUCAAGAUGUGGUGAUCGAUUAUUGCCACACGAAAUGGUAAUGCGAGCCCAACAACAUGUCUUUCACUUACCUUGCUUCGCUUGCGUCGCUUGUGGUCAACCUCUUCAAAAAGGAGAACAAUUUGUUAUCAGAGCUGGACAACUAUUCUGUCGAGGAGACUUCGAAAAGGAAUUGUAUUUAUUACAACAAGCUAGUUCUGGAGAUGAUGAUUUGUUAGAUGAAAAUAGUAGACCAAGAGAUGGUAGGAGAGGUCCAAAACGACCCCGAACAAUAUUAACGUCGGCCCAACGUCGUCAAUUCAAAGCGUCCUUCGAAGUAAGUCCUAAACCUUGUCGAAAAGUACGAGAAGCUUUGGCAAAAGAAACUGGUCUCAGUGUUCGAGUUGUUCAGGUAUGGUUCCAGAAUCAGAGAGCCAAAAUGAAGAAGAUUCAAAGGAAGGCCAAACAGGACGACGGGAAAUCUUCAAGUGAUAAAGAAAAAGAUAACUAUCCAGCCCAUUCGGGAGAGAGCUUCUGUAGUUCGGAUAUCUCGCUUGAUGAUAGUACAAACUUCGAUCAACUAGAUGAAGCAACAUCUGAUACGAUAUCUUUACAAAACUUGGAAUUACAAACGCAUUCCCAUCAUAAUGAAGGAGGAUCCACAUCUACGUCAACUUCCAUAGCAAAUCCCAUAGAUAAACUCUACCUCAUGCAGAAUUCUUAUUUUAGCACGGAACAAUAAAUUUAAAACAAUGUAAGCGCCCACAAUGCUCACGUGGAGUUCAAAGCGACCCAUAUCGUAAGCAAGUGGAAUCCUCGUUUGUCAACGUGUCUCUUGUGAAUAGUUAACGGAACGCAAUUUAAAUUAAUUUAUCUCAAAACGGAAGUGAAGACAUAUUUAAACCAUAGAUAAAAUUCUCUUUUGCCAUUCCUAGUACUUGAACUUCGACGUUACUUCGAGCUAUUCAGAAGAUAGUAAAGAAAAAUAGAAGGUGGUACCUACACCCAGUGUCGUGUUUUAAAAUUUGAGGCCCUGGACCGACUAGUUUUACCGCCCCCAUAAAAAAAUCGUUUAAUAAUGAAACAAGACCAUACAAAAAUUAACACCAAUUAUCAAAUAUCUACAUUUUUAGGGAUGUACAAAUGUCCAUAGAAAAAUGCUAUUUUUGUAUAUGGAAAUGCUUCCUUUGAGUCUCUUUCAUUAAUGAAUAGGUUAAGUUGCCUUAAAUUCAUGAUCAAUUGGGUAGAAUUCUUGGAGUCCUUACGCGUUAGCCUUCACUUCCGGUUCAGUUAUUGUAUUCAAUUUGCCUACAACAUCAUAAGAACUGUCUAGUUUCUUCCUUUUAAUUAUUCUCCCGUGGAUGCUUCUGUACUCUUCUGAGCCUUUUCUUUCCCCAGCUUCUUCGAAAGCAUCAGAGGAUCCCUUUUUGUUUCUAUAAAAGUGAUGAGUGACUCGUAGAGUCUGGAGCUCUAUAUCUGCGUCAAUCCCUUGUAAGCUUAGAUAUUAUAUUAAAUUGUUUUAACACAUAUCCUCAAAAUUCAGAUGAUAUCACCGUUUUUAGACAAUUUAAUUGAGCCAGAACCUUAAUUUUUAACCAAAGCCUUCUGUGGGAUAACUUUUUAUAUCUUCUAGAACUGAUAUUAACUUGUCCUGAGCUGACAAUAGCCUGCCGCCCCGGGCCAUGACCCCCAUGGUUCUAUGGUAAAUAUGUCACUGGGUACAUCGAUGUUCUUUCUCUAUCUACCAACACUUCGGACUCAGCUGAACAAGAUCCUCUAUCUCGCUUUCUUUAUAUUUACUAUUUCUCUAAGAUUUAUACACGUUGAUAAAAUAAUGUCACAAACCGAUUUUGAUCGAUGGUUUGAUUAUUUGAAGUGAUUCAAAUCGAAAUUUUUAAUCUGAUUAAGGCGCAUUCAACUGAGAAAACAAAAAUCCCAAUCGAAAAUCUAUGCACUUGAGAAUAGAAAAAAUUCGAUUAAAACUGUUCUUGAUGUACACCUCAAUUACUAUCUGAAUAAUAUUCUUUUUUCAUUGCCUUAUCCGUUACGAACUUUGGUUAUUAACAAUCCUUUUCUUAUCUUGUUUACUGCGUUCUGAAACAGAUCAACAGAUGACACUCCAAACCACUGGCGUAGGUUAUGCAACCAUGAAUGUCGUCUUCUCUUUCGUCCCUUCUUUGCCUUCGGCAAUCAACUGCAAAACACGAUAUUUGUCAUGUCUUAGCAUGUAGCCAAAAUACUUCAUUUUCCUUUUUUUUUUUUUUUGUUUUUACUGCAAAGACGACUUCCUUUCUUUUCCCUAGUCUCUGCAUAAUUUCCAUGUUGGUGAUGUGCUCCGUCGAUAGCAGCCUCAGUUAUAGUCCAAACCUCUACACCAUAGAACAAGAAAUAUGUAGCACUUGAUUAGUCUUAAUUUUUUGUCGUAAAGACAUACGAGCGUCACAUCUUUUAUUUAUAGCCUAUCAAUGGUUGAAAAAAAACGGCGUAGUUUCUUCAAGUUCUUGAACGCAGCUCGGGAUCUUUCUAUCCGUGAUCGCAAUUCUGAUACCUGGUCUAUGUCUUAAUCGUUAGACGCACUGGAAGAUGUUGAUAUUUGCUAAUAAUCCAGCAUAACUUCUUUGUUCUCGGCUUUCCACUUUACACUUUUGGAUCUAAGUGUAGUUCACGUUUUUCUGUGAUUCGUACACUAAUCAAAAAUAAUUUUAUCGUCAAAUAUGAUAACUUUCUUUUUGAGAUAAAUAAAAUUAAUCGAUCUGAAGAAAACGUACAGUAGUUUUUUAAAAAAAUGAACAGUCAAACGAAUCUUAAAAGUUUCGCUUGAAUGAAGCAAAAAAUUAAGUUGAGUACAAAAUUCAGUGUUGUUUGUUACUUUUCUUUAUAAAUCUAGUCUACAUAAAAUGCAAAGCACAACUUUUUAUUUACCGAUAACAUUUUAAAAAAAUUUUUCAUUGUAAUAUACAUAAUUUGUUAUUUUUUAUAAAAUUUGAUUUUAAUGGAAUACGAAAGAUAAAAAUUUGUCAAUUGUCUUCAAUUAAAUCUGUAUAGAUAUCAUAAUAAAGUAUCCCGGUUUUGAAAAAUGUAUAUUAAUGUAUAUUCAUUUCAAAAAUAAUUUUCCGUUCAAAAUAUGGGGUGUAGAUGUGAAGAGAAACAUUUCGGUUUAUCUAAAAGUGUCCGUUGAAAGGGGGCAAAUUAAGGUGGCGCUUUAGCAGCAAAUGAAAAGAUUUUAAAAACAUCGCCAGAAAUUUUAAGGGUGAGAUACUAAAUUAAAUAUUUAUUUAAAACAUAAUUUGUUGUAUACAGUUACACACUUUUUUAGAUUGAUUCUCCUUACCUCUACACUCCAUAGUUCAAAUUUAUCUUUCCCACGCCAUUACACAUUCUUCGUUUUAGUCUUUUUCUGGUACUUUUUUGUAUUUGCCCGUCUUCGCUAAUUCGCUUUUCUGAAAUUUCUGGAACUGGUACCAGAACACCAACAUUUACCGUAUGACGUUUCGAUAACCAUGUUACCGUCUUCAGAGAUUGAAGAUGAACUCAGAGUUACCGAAACUUCAGACAGUAUUAUUGUGGGUAUUGGUGACGUGGUAAUGUAAAUAAUUAUCGCAUUUUUCACAUUACGUUAUACAAUGUGUCUGCGUUUCAUUAAUAAUCCUGAAUUUAUUUCUCGUAUUUCCUGUCAGGUAUUAACUUUGAUUUUUUAUUAUCUAUUUUGUUUAUAUAAAUUUAAUUUUAGCCAAAUUUAUUUCUUUCCGUACUUGUACAGAAAUUUUAUUAUACAUUAUAUAGAAUAUAAUUGAAAAGUGUAUUAUACAUGGAUUUACUUAGAAUUAUUGUAAAUGUACAUAUGAAAAAAAAUCCAAUAAAUGUAAUAGAUAAUAAUUGUGUAUUAUUUAUUACUUUUAUUUAAAAUGAGUCGAAUUAUUACUUGUGAUGAAAUGUUUAUGCCAAAUAUAGGGAUUUAAUAUUGUCUAGAUUUUAUUAUGUAUAUUUUAAAUAAAAGAUUAUAACAAGUAAAAAAA